UUUAAAGUAAUAUUGGUUAGCAUUCACUGUGCCUGAUGAAGUAGUAUUGGUAUACUUGAUUUGUACCUUCCUGCCAACAUGAACAACUCUACCAACAACACCAAGCACCGGAGACAUGAAUCAAAGACCUCAGCGGGCUGUGGGUCGCGAGCCAGCGCCUCCAUGGAGGGCCUGGCGCUGACCCAGGAGGAGCGCACGUAUCUGCUCUACGUGCAGCGCGGCGACGUAGCGUCCAUUAAGAGGCUCCUGGACCACGACCGGCCCCCGCCCUACCUGUUGGACAUCAACUGCACGGAUCCUAUAGGAAGAUCUGCCGUCACCAUCGCCAUCGAGAACGAGAACAUUGACCUGCUGGAGGCGCUGCUGGAGAGGGGCGUUGAACCCAAGGAUGCGCUGCUGCAGGCCAUAGCUGAGGAAUACGUGGAGGGCGUCGAGCUGCUGCUGCACUGGGAGGAGAGACAACACGUACCCGGCGAGCUAUACAGCUGGGAGAUGAUGGCGAAUGAUGCGGCCGUGUACACGAAGGACAUCACACCCCUCAUCCUAGCAGCUCAUCACAACCAUUACGAGAUCCUUAAACUCCUGCUGGACAGGGGAGCAUCCCUGCCCAUGCCUCACGACAUUAGGUGUGGCUGCGACUCGUGCCUCGCGUCCACACGCGAAGACUCGCUCCGUCACUCGCUGUCCCGCAUCAACGCGUACCGCGCCCUGGCGUCCCCGUCCCUCAUCGCCCUGUCGUCCAAGGACCCGAUCCUGACCGCCUUCGAGCUCUCUGCUGAGCUCUCGAGACUUGAGAGCAUGGAGCAUGAGUUCAAGGCUGAGUAUAAGAAACUGCAAGUGACAGUGCAGGAGUUCUGCACGAGGCUGCUGGACCAAGUUAGCACCCACAAGGAGCUGGCGACGCUGCUGAACUACAGCGCCGCUGACGGGGACGGGGGCCAGGCCCUCGAGUCGGAGGAGGGCGCCGUGUGCUCCCUCGCCAGGCUUAAGCUCGCCAUCAAGUUCUCACAGAAGUCCUUCGUGGCGCACUCGAACGUCCAGCAGUUCCUAGGCAACAUUUGGUACAACGGCCUGCCAGGCUUCAGGCGACUGCCGGCGCUGAGUCAGCUUAUGGCUGUGCUCAAGAUUGCCCUCAGCUUCCCUCUUCUCGCGCUGUCGUACAUCGCUAAGCCGGAGUCACCUAAGGGAAACUUUGCUAAAAAACCAUUUGUUAAAUUUAUCUCUCACUGCUCGUCCUAUUUGUUCUUCUUAUUGAAGGCGCUGUGGUCUGAAGGUCUUUUACUUCUCCCACAGGCCUGGUGUGGUCUGAAGUGAAGGCGCUGUGGUCUGAAGGUCUUUUACUUCUCCCACAGGCCUGGUGUGGUCUGAAGUGAAGGCGCUGUGGUCUGAAGGUCUUUUACUUCUCCCACAGGCCUGGUGUGGUCUGAAGUGAAGGCGCUGUGGUCUGAAGGUCUACUGGAAUAUCUCCACGACCUCAUGAACAUCAUUGACUUCGCAACGAACGCGUUCUUCCUGGCUUGGGUGCAGCUGAGGGUGACGUCAUGGGUGCUGGUGCAGCGAGACCUGCGGUGGUAUGACAGGUGGCCGUGGUACCCUAGGGAGGAAUGGCAUGCCUAUGACCCCAUGUUGUUGUCUGAGGGAUGCUUCGGAGCAGCUAUGAUCAUCAGCUUCCUGAAGCUCGUGAACAUCUUCAGCGUUAACCACCAUCUCGGACCGCUGCAAAUAUCGCUCGGGCGAAUGAUCUUCGACAUCCUGAAAUUUUUCUUCCUCUACAUGCUGGUGCUAUUUGCUUUUGGCUGCGGUCUGAUCCAAAUGCUGUGGUACUACGCUGACCUGGAGAUGCAGCAAUGCUACCAUUUGCCGGGUGGGCUUCCGGACUAUGAAAACCGGGAGCAUUCCUGUAUCAAUUGGCGCCGGUUUGCUAAUCUGUUCGAGUCGUCGCAGUCGUUAUUUUGGGCAUCGUUCGGGCUGGUCGAGCUCGAGGCGUUCGACUUGACCGGCCUCGGCAGCUUCACGAGGUUCUGGGGGCUGUUGAUGUUCGGCAGCUACUCCCUCAUCAACAUCAUCGUGCUGCUCAACCUCCUCAUCGCCAUGAUGUCAAACUCAUACCAAAUCAUUUCCGAGCGAGCGGACACCGAGUGGAAGUUUGCCCGCACGAAGCUCUGGAUCAGCUACUUUGAUGGUGGCUGUACGGUGCCCCCGCCCUUCAACCUCAUCCCCUCCCCGAAGUGGGUCAUGAGGAUGCUGGGGAAGGGCCCACGUGUCAUCAGGGGGAGCGUAAAGGACAAGAACAAGCGCCGAGCAGACCAGCAGCACCAGGACGUGAUGAGGCUGAUGUUACAAGUCGCUCAGUAUCGUACUGGAAUGAAUCAUAACCUGCAUUUCUUUAGGUUCCAGCUCAUCGAUAUCCUGAAGAACAACGGAAUGAACACCUCCAUCGCCGCUAAUGAAGAUCCGACGGUGAUUGGACGCAAGGGAAGAGCAAUGGAGCGAAAACUCAUGAAGGGUUUCAACAUCGGUCGAGUAGAAGGAAUCGUCAAUGAGAUCCUCACCGAGACCAAAAAACCCGGCAAUAUUUUUGGCAAACUUGCACACGCGAUUGGAUCGCGUCGCAAGUCAGUCAAGACAGACUGGAACGCUAAGGUCCACAGAUCUUCCAUGCGACGAGACCAAAUUGGUUCAUCGUCCACCAGUCUCUCGCGGUCCCAAGCCUCCAUCAGGAAGAGAAUCCAGUUCGAGAACGAGCAGUUACUGCAGAGCAUGAAUCCCUCAAACAUCACAGAGUACAACCCUAACGUUGGGCCGCUGUCAGAUCAGACAAAAAUCGCCUACGCAAAGUUCAAAAUGACUACUUUGCAAGUGGAAAAAAUAAAGCGAGAAAAACUGAAGAAAAUAACGGAAACAAACGAGCAACGUACCGAGCUGCCAGAUAGCAAGAAUUCCCUCACAAAAGCGGGUUCCGCUAUUCAAAAUUCAAUAGAAAAGCCUGCCGUUAUUGCCUAUGAAAACGAAAUGAAGCCCAGUCAAGCUACAACUCAGUGUUCUGAACAAGAGAACCAAAGAGGACAAUCAAUAUCGAAUAAAAGUUCCAAUAAGGAAGAAACGAAAAAAUCUGACUCUGCUAAAAAUAUCUUAGACACAUCUAAACCCGUUGUCAGUGCUACAUCAUCGAUUAAUUCAAAGCCAACAUCCUCUGUUCCAAAAACAUCAGUUUCAUCUUCUGUAGGCCCAUCAGAGGCUACAACAUCACCUUCAGCUUCUGCUGUAACUUCUUCAUCAACGUCAGCGAAAACCAAGACGCCAGCGACGUCAGCAAGUUCAGAGACGAGUUUCAAGCCUCAGCCAAAGCCUGCGGAGCUUUCCUCUUCUACUUCUUCAUUAGCAGAGGACAAGUUUUCGAAGCAAACUUUAAAAAUUUCAUCUGAAAAUGUUAAGGCAGAAGUAAUACGGAGCACGCCAGCCGUGAAAAUAGAACUGCCAACAACAGAUGACAAGCCUGCAACGGAUAAACUGCCGUCCCAGACAUCAACGUCUGGAGGGACAUUCAGUCCUACUGGCAAGUCCCAGUUGACGGGACAGAGUAGGACCGGUUGGAUUUAAGCUUAAAAAUUAUUCUUGAUUGUAAUCAUAACAUAGAAGAUUAAUUUCUCAUCUGGGCUUAAGUCCAUCAGUAGGUGAUAUUUUUAUCGAGUAAAGUUAUUCGAAUGCGCACUCUGAUACUUUCAAUUUAAAUUGCACGUAAAUUCGAACAAAGUAUGAACGCUCUGACGACGCAGACUAACCGGCAGUAAUAUCCAGCAUAGGUGUAGUUAUUAUUAUGCAGCAGAGGUUUAAUUAAAGCUUUUAUCAGGGCGAUUGUAAUUAAAUUGACUUUCGUUCUGGUGGAAGAAACUUUUUGGACCCAAAACUCUUUAUUAUUUGGUAAUUUUGGCAUUUAUCAUGAGGCUAGUCAAAGACGAUGAUUUCACGAUGUAAAAUAAAAUGCAAAUUGAUACGCCUCAUUUAUUCAUAUAAUUAUAAUUAAUUGACAUUAAUUAUCGCUUAAGCCAUUACACAGAUUUAUUCAUGCAAUGUC